AGCGGCGGCGGUGGCAGCGGUGGCGGUGGCGGCGGCGGUGUCAGCUCGGGAGUGCUAUGACCGGCAAACUCGCCGAGAAGCUGCCGGUGACCAUGAGCAGUUUGCUAAACCAACUGCCUGACAAUCUGUACCCCGAGGAGAUCCCCAGCGCGCUCAACCUCUUCUCCGGCAGCAGCGACUCGGUAGCCCAUUACAAUCAGAUGGCUACAGAGAAUGUGAUGGACAUCGGUCUGACCAACGAGAAGCCCAACCCGGAACUCUCUUAUUCGGGCUCCUUCCAGCCAGCCCCCGGCAACAAGACCGUGACCUACUUGGGAAAGUUCGCUUUCGACUCCCCUUCCAACUGGUGCCAGGACAACAUCAUUAGCCUCAUGAGCGCUGGCAUCUUGGGGGUGCCCCCGGCCUCAGGGGCGCUCAGCACGCAGACGUCCACGGCCAGCAGCAUGGUGCAGCCGCCGCAGGGAGACGUGGAAGCCAUGUAUCCAGCUCUGCCCCCCUAUUCCAACUGCGGUGAUCUCUACUCGGAGCCCGUGUCUUUCCACGACCCCCAGGGCAACCCUGGGCUCGCCUAUUCCCCGCAGGAUUAUCAAUCGGCCAAACCGGCCUUGGACAGCAAUCUCUUCCCCAUGAUUCCUGACUACAACCUAUACCACCACCCCAACGACAUGGGCUCCAUUCCGGAGCACAAGCCUUUCCAGGGCAUGGACCCCAUCCGGGUCAACCCGCCCCCUAUUACCCCUCUGGAGACCAUCAAGGCCUUCAAAGACAAGCAGCCCCACGCGUGCCCAGCGGAGGGCUGCGACCGCCGCUUCAGCCGUUCGGACGAGCUGACCCGGCACCUGCGUAUCCACACGGGCCACAAGCCUUUCCAGUGCCGGAUCUGCAUGCGGAGCUUCAGCCGCAGCGACCACCUCACCACUCACAUCCGCACGCACACGGGCGAGAAGCCCUUUGCCUGCGAGUUCUGCGGGCGCAAGUUUGCGCGAAGCGACGAGCGCAAGCGCCACGCCAAGAUCCACCUCAAGCAAAAGGAGAAGAAGGCGGAGAAAGGGGGCGCGCCCUCUGCGUCCUCCGCGCCCUCGGUGUCCUUGGCCCCAGUGGUCACCACCUGCGCUUGAAGCUCGGGCUCCCAGGGCCCCUCUUUUUCCCUCCAGUGCCUCCCAGCUGCUCACUUAAAAGCAGCGGGAAAGCCAGCCACGGAGGCGCAGGGGCCGCGCCCUGGCCUCUCCAUGGACGUGCGGCCCCUCGCACCCUUCGAUGCCCCCAGUCCCACCCUUUCACACCCGCCAGCAGUUGGGGGGCCAAGGCUGGAGGCGUCUUCCCCUCGCCAUCCCCCCCUUAACCGAAGCGUGGGGGCGGAA